CGAGGAGGGAAAGAUGGAGCUCCGGGGAGAACUGACAGGCCGGGACGGGUUGAAGCAGCCGCUGCGAGUUUGUUGCCAGCCGCAAGGAGAGCUGCGGGGCUUGCUGAGCGGCCUGGUCCAACUGAGGGAGCAAGUGUCGGCGCUGCUCGGCCCGUUGGUGCAACAGGAAAGCGGCGGUGGCGGGGAUCGAGCUGGGGCUGGAGAUGAGGAAGAGGAUACAGAUGAGCAGGAUGAAGACGAGGAAGAAAAUCACGUCAAUGCCAAAGAGUGUCCUGAUGGGCCACCAUUAAAACGGACAAAAACUCACUCCUGAUAAGAACUGUACAUGGAAUUUUGU